AUGGCCACCAUGGCUUCUCCCUUCCUCAGUGUCGACGAUUUGCUUAUGGGCGAGAUACUCAUGUCACUCAAGCGGGAUAGCCCGGCCCCGCACUUUAAACUCGAGUCGGAAUCACAGCUACCCAGUUAUCGCAGCAAGCUGAAUGGUCUGUCCGUAGAGGUUGCUCCACCUCCUUCAACAUUCCCUUCUGAUGCCGACAGUCCAGUCGAUGUCUUCAGUCUCGACGCAUUCCGUUCCGUGAGUCCUAUGGCCUACAAACUGCCAUUGCACCCUGCAACACCUUUGAAUGUCACCGCCUCACCCACUUUACCGUCUAUGUCUGUCACACCACGAGGAAGUAACAAACGAUACGGUCCAGUGGUGCAGUUGGAAGACUUGAGAGAGUGUUUUAACAUGCCUAUCGCCGCUGUUGCACGUAAAUUUGGCAUCUGCGCGACGUUGUUAAAAAAGAUUUGUCGCCGCCACGGUAUUCAGCGCUGGCCACACCGUCAGAUUCGCAGUUUACAAAAGAGUAUCGAUAUGCUACGCGAGUCGUUACGAGUGGCUAAGGGUACGAAUAAAGAGUACAUUCUCAAAAAGAUUGCAACUUUCGAAUGCACACUCGAUUGUAUAAUGCAAGAUCCUAACACAGCAGCUAAGGGGAUUACAACUGGUCGAUUGGCAUCCCCCGCAACGGAAGAAUUUGCUAAGCGCGGAAGUCGCGUCAAGAACUCGACGAAAGCAGUAGCAAUGCCUACAUUGCAAACCUCUUUGUCUGACAAUGAAGAGAGUGCAAAAAACGCGCCAUUAACGCAGGACUGGACACCUAGCAUCGUACCUGGGCCAUCUGCACAGCGUCUCAAUUCGCGCCGUGCUAGUGUGCCGAUGUCACUACAGUCUAUUUUGUGCUAA